GUUAGUUGAGAUCAGUGAGUGAUGGAAACGAGACCAAUGUCAGAUACAAGUUCCCCAAAUGUAAUCGAUUAAUGGAUUACGGGAUAAGAUACUCGACAGUACAGCGAAGUGCAAUGCAAGUAGAUCCUCGCUUCGGUGACGAUGUAAAUCCAGAGUUGUUACAGAAGUCCAAGAGAGUAACAGAGAAGUUUUCAGAGAACAUCCAGGUCGUGGCCAAUGAACCAUCAUUGGCAUUGUUCAGAAUACAGGAGCAUGUUAGGAAAACCUUGCCACAGUUGGUGGAGAAGAGGCAUGAAGUUCAGGAUCUCCAGGAUAAGGUGCAGGGUUCCAGCUUUGAUGCUGAUUAUGACACGCAUGCAGUAAAAGUGAUCCAUAAUAGUGCUACUCACUUCCAAAAUAUCCAAGACCUAUUGAAAAAUUCCAUGUUCAUGAAGCAGCAGUUGCACUAUGAGCACCAAAGAAAGGAAGCUAUUAAUCGGAACCCUGGUAUGUACAACAAGCUGCAGAGAACUAAUACUCUUGACAUUCCUGUGUCAAUCAAUACAACAGAUGGAGACAUAGAGGUGGCAAGUGUGCAACAGGCUGAGAGACCCCGAUCAUCAUCAGUUAAUGUCAAGACAACAAAAGAAAGAGGUGGUUCUGGAAAGUGAUGGGAGACGCAGAUUAGUGGUGCUUAGAUACAUCAAAGCAUAGGGUUAAUACUGUAACAGUACAGUGUAUGUUGACUGGGGUGAUAUCACACAAAAAAGUGAGCAUUUGAGUCACAUCUGUGACACACAUUUUGUGUUAUAUUUGAAGAAUUUUGCCUUGUGGCAGGUGCCCCAUUAUUCUUGUUUUAUACUGCAGUGCACUCUAAUAUGGAAAGAAUCAGUAGUAUUUAAAGUGAAAUAGUCUUAAGUUCUCUUUCUCUGUAAAGAAAAGAUGUGUGUUAUUGAUGUGACUAGAAUGUGCACUUUUUUGUGGAAUGACCCACAUCAGACACUACUGAUGUUGUCAGUGCAAUUAUUUUCCAAACCAAUUUUUUUGUUAGUUUCAUGAAAUAUAUUGGUGGAAUAGAUAUGGAAAAGAAAAUGGGAUUACUUGUUUCCAUACAUUUCCUGAUGACAUGUGUUUGUCUUUGUCAGCACUGGAGAUUAUUUCAUUAAUUUAUAAUCUGCUAUCCUCUGCAGGUCAGAGGUUCCACGCACUGUGGGUUGUAGAAAAAUCUGAUUUCUAUCGUUUCAAACAAGUAACUUGUUUAGUUACAAAUAUGUUGGCCAACUGUGAUGCAUAACUUUUAAAAAGUACUAGAAAAAAGUCUUGUAUUAUAACUGGCCAUUUUAAAAUACUUGAAACAUCUUCCAGUCAAAAUGGACUUGAGUGCUGAAUGCUCUAAAGUUCAAGUUCAUUCUCAAUAAAUAGCAGAUUUUGAUCUUUUCAUUUAUCUCAAUAAAAUGCUGCUCAACAUAUGCUUUGUUUGCAUAUAUCACUAUGAUGAGAACUCUUGUGAAAUGUUAAUUUGAUGUUAAUUUUUUCUUUUCUACAUUUGUCAUACAAUUUAAAAAAUAAACAAGUGUCAAGCA